CAAAUUUAACCCAAAAUUUCGUCCGACCCAAAAAUGUCAUCUUAACCCGAUCCAACACAAGAAAACUCAUUUUGUCUCCUGUUACUCAAAUAAGCCCUGGGUUGUGUGCUUAAACGCUCAACGAAAGAACGCUUAACCUUGUGCAACAAUUUCUCCAAUGGGGAAGAAGAAGAAAUCCAUUGAUGGAAACAAAAGCGAGCACUGCCCAGCAACUGUUUUUGUUUCCAAUUUGCCUUUCUCUUUCACAAAUGCUCAACUGGAGGAAACUUUCAGCGAUGUUGGCCCUAUACGCCGCUCUUUCAUGGUUACAACCAAAGGUUCAAUAGAACACCGAGGCUUUGGUUUUGUUCAAUUUGCUACUGCUGAGGAUGCUGUCCGCGCUAUUGAGAUGAAAAAUGGCUCCUCCGUAGAUGGACGGAAAAUGGUGGUGAAACAUGCUACUCAUCGUGCUCCCUUGGAGCAACGCCACUCUAAACAAAAUCCAGCUGAAUCAAAUGAUGCAGAUAAGACGAUAGAUGAGAAGGAUAGUGCUCCAGUUGGGGCUGAAAAACAAGAAAACUGUCCAAGUAAACCUGAAUCAGGUAAAUUGCUCCCGCCGCCAAAGAAUGCAAAGAAACUCUCUGUUGAUCUAGCUGAUGUAGGCAAAUCUUCAGAGAAACAAAGAGUGGCAAGAACUGUUAUAAUUGGGGGCCUUUUAAAUGUUGAUAUGGCCGAGGAGGUCUUACGACAAGCCAAGGAGAUUGAUGGAGAUUGUUCGGUCACCUACCCACUUCCAAAACAAGAGCUACAACACCAUGGGCUUGCUCAGGAUGGAUGCAAAGCAGAAGCUGCAGCUGUAGUUUAUGCAAGUAUUAGAUCAGCACGUGCUGCUGUUGUAGCCUUACACCAAAAAGAAUUUAGCGGUGCAACAAUGUGGGUUCGUCAGCUUGGUGGGGAGGGAUCGAAGAUUCAGAAGUGGAAAGUAAUAGUCCGAAACCUUCCUUUUAAGGCAAAAGUCAAGGAGAUAAAAGAAAAAUUCUCAACUGCCGGAUUUGUUUGGGAUGUAUUUAUUCCUCAGAAUCCUGAGACAAGGCUACCCAAGGGGUUUGCAUUUGUAAAAUUCACCUGCAAGCAAGAUGUUGAAAAUGCUAUCUUGAAGUUCAAUGGACAAAAGUUUGGUACUCGAACCAUUGCUGUUGACUGGGCCGUACCAAAGAAAAUUUAUACAACUGGUAGCGCUUCUGUGGUCACUUCAGAUGAUGGGGAACCUGUUGAUCAAGAUGUUGAUAGUGAUGCUUAUGAAGCAUCAGAGAAUGGUGAUUCAGAUACUUCCACAAAGGAUGGAGUCUUGGAUAGAUCUUACUCUGAUGGAGAUGCCAACCAUGUGGAGGAGAAGGAAGCUGCAAUUAGUUUUGAAGAGGAAGCAGAAUUGACUAGGAAGGUCCUUCAGAAUGUUAUCACAUCCUCUGUGAAAGAAGCUUUCUCUUUAAAAAAUGGUUCUAAUCAUGUAGAUUCUACCAAGGGAAUUGACUUUCAGAAGAAACCAAUGGUUGAACCUGAACUGACUAUCCAGACAAAAUCUGGAAAAGAGAGUCAUGAAAAGCACAUUGAAUCCAGAUCUGUUGGUGAUGAAGAUGCACUUCCAAGAACAAUUUUCAUAAACAAUCUUCCUUUUGAUCUUGAUCCUACAGAAGUAAAACAAAGAUUUUCUAGUUUUGGAAAAGUCCAAUCAUUCUUUCCAGUCGUUCAUCCUGUGACAAAGCGUCCCAGAGGAACUGGAUUCCUUAAGUUUACUACAGUUGAGGCAGCUGAUGCUGCAGUUUCUGCAGCAGACACUGCACCUGGACUGGGAAUAUUCAUUAAAGGAAGACAGUUGAACGUAUUGAAGGCAUUAGACAAGAAAUCCGCAGAUGAUAUAGCACUGGAGCGGUCGAAAAAGGAGAAUGAAGAUCACCGUAACCUUUACCUGGCAAAGGAGGGUCUGAUUCUUGAGGGAACUCCUGCAGCUGAAGGGGUUUCGACUGAUGAUAUGGAAAAACGUCAAACGUUGCAUCAGGCAAAAAUGACUAAACUCCAAUCUCCGAAUUUCCAUGUUUCCAAAACAAGACUAGUCAUAUACAAUUUGCCGAAGUCAAUGACCCAAAACCAACUUAAAAAGCUCUGCAUUGAUGCAGUUACUUUAAAAGCUUCAAAACAGACGCCGGUGAUACGACAGAUAAAGUUUCUCAGUGAUGUUAAGAAAGGGAAGGUUAAAAACCGUUCUCGUGGACUUGCUUUCGUGGAGUUUGCGGAGCAUCAACAUGCCAUUGUGGCAUUAAGAGUUCUGAAUAACAACCCUGAAACAUUUGGUCCUCAUCAUCGGCCCAUUGUAGAGUUUGCUGUUGAUAAUGUUCAGACCUUAAGAAAGAGGAACUUGAAAAUUAAUGACCAGCUGCAGAAAGCUGGCGAUGAUCAUACUGGUGCGCACGAAGACGAUGACACCUUAACUCCAUCCACCAAACCAAAUAAAGAGAAAUCCAGGAAAAGAAAAUCACGGGAUGAGAAGAAUUCAAGAGAAGAUCAAAAGACGGACAGAAAAAACAUGGAAGGAAAUCUCGCAACUGAUGAGGUCGACAAGGAAGAGAGUCAAAUGAACAAUAAGAAGAAGAAAGUCCGAGCAAAAGAAGAUAAAAACAAUCAAGAAAAGUGUCGAAAUCUUGAUAAACCGUCUCAACUAAAAAAUGGUACUGCAGAUGCUCGUACGUUGAAGCCUUCUAAGAAAAAUGAUAAGCCGUCGAGCAAAAGGAAGGUGAAUGAUCCUACAAUAGAUGGUCCUGAGAAGACUCAAAAGAGGAGAAAAAGGAACAAAGAUCCGUUGGGCAAAGAUGUGGUGGAUAAACUAGAUGUGUUAAUCGAAAGAUAUCGAACCAAGUUUUCACACAACAGUUCUGAUAAAGCCGAUGGUGAAAAACAAGGUUCCCGGCAGCAGAUAAGAAGAUGGUUUCAGACAUAGUUUCUCAUCUGAAACUUGAAAGUGGUGGCGUUUGAUUGUUAGAUGUACAUCACCUAAAUUUUGUCAGUAUGAAGAUAGUUUUGCCUGUUUGUCUCAACAUAACAAUAUCUCUUUAGAGAGAAAACAGGAACACCGUACUAAUGAAGUAUUUUAUUACAAACUUCUGGAAUGAUUGUGUUAUUUUAUUAGAGAGAAAACAGAAACAUUUAUUAUUAUGUACUUUUUUGUCUGCUUAGCCAUAAUUGUAUCACUUAAAAUGUAAAUCAACAUAUUGAACUAUUUCCUUUA